AUGGGACGUAUCCUGCAAAACUAUGAUACAGUUGAAGACUUAACAAUUGAUGAAAAGCAAUCAGCCACAAUUUUGGUUCUAGGAAUUACGCCUCAUAUUGAACAUCCAAAGCCGAAAGUUCCAAAAAUUUCACAAGCUCGCCUAGAGUCAACAAAAUUUCCAAAAGAUCCACAAACUCAGCGAGUGUUACCAGAAAUUCCAAAAAAGCGUCAAAUUCCUAUACUUUAUACAAAAAUUACAAGAAAUUCACGAACUGAUCUAGUGUUAAUAAAUGGUCAAUCACAAUUAGAGCAGGAUCUACUCACACAAUUAGAGCAGGAUCCAUCCCCACAAUUAGAGCAAGAUCAAUCCCCACAAUUAGAGCAGGAUCUACUCACACAAUUAGAACAGGAUCAAUCCCCACAAUUAGAGCAGGAUCCAUCCCCACAAUUAGAGCAGGAUCCAUCCCCACAAUUAGAGCAGGAUCCAUCCCCACAAUUAGAACAGGAUCCAUCCCCACAAUUAGAGCAGGAUCCAUCCCCACAAUUAGAGCAGGAUCCAUCCCCACAAUUAGAGCAGGAUCCAUCCCCACAAUUAGAGCAGGAUCCAUCCCCACAAUUAGAACAGGAUCCAUCCCCACAAUUAGAGCAGGAUCUACUCACACAAUUAGAGCAGGAUCCAUCCCCACAAUUAGAGCAGGAUCCAUCCCCACAAUUAGAGCAGGAUCCAUCCCCACAAUUAGAACAGGAUCCAUCCCCACAAUUAGAGCAGGAUCCAUCCCCACAAUUAGAGCAGGAUCCAUCCCCACAAUUAGAGCAGGAUCCAUCCCCACAAUUAGAGCAGGAUCCAUCCCCACAAUUAGAGCAGGAUCCAUCCCCACAAUUAGAACAGGAUCCAUCCCACAAUUAG